UGUCCGAAAAGAAUACGACUACUUAUUUGUUAGUAAGAGCGCGUACCUGCUUCAUGCAGCAACGGUCAAAAGUACUUUUAACUGAUUUUGCUAGUCAAUAGUACUUUUGACUGGUUAAGUGCUAGUCAAUAGUACUUUUGACUGGUUAAGAGUUUUGACUGUGACAUAUAUAUUUAUAUUAUAUUUAAUGAAUCAUUCAAAAAAUUACGGCGCUGUUUUUCGCUAACACUUAUUAUUUUUAUAACUCUACAGGUUCACUUUACUUCGGCCUUUAGGGUCCUAAUAAAAUAGAAGUUAUUGAAAAUCAAAUCUAGUUUGUGAUAGGUUACCCCCAAGGCCCAAGGGCCACCCCGCCGCAACCUAAACCUACCUAUAGCGCUCUGUCACAAGAUUCAAAUGUGAUAUAGAGUAAUCCAAAAACGUAAUGUUUAAAUACAUAGUGUUAAUCUUCUAAAGUAAAACAUUUAGCCUGGUAAAAUAAAUGGAGCAAAAACAUUUUUUGUUGUGUUGCUGUAAAAUUAAUAUUAUUAAUUAUUUUUACGGUAGUUAGAUAAUAAACAUCAUUGUCUGUCUAAACAUCUCAUACACAUAUUGUUGUUUAUCAUUAUUAUUAAAAUGUCUGAUAAUUUAGCAAAAGUGUAUAAAUCCAAUAGAGGUGGAUUAAAAUUACAUUAUGAAGGAUUCAGUUAUUAUAAAAACAAAGUGAACAAUACUAAAUUUUACUGGUGCUGUGAUUCACGAAAACACUACAUUUAUAAAUGUUGUGCAACAUUAGUUACAGAAGUAAAUAGUGCAAAUGAUAUGAUACAUAAUGUUUUAAAAUGCAGUAAUAAGCACAAUCAUGAGCCAAAUCCACUUGAUAAAGAAAUCUCGGAUUUUAGGCAAAAAUUGAAAGAGGAUGCAAGAACCGGAUUAAAGGUAUGCCAAAUUUUGCAAAAUAAUCAAAGUGAUUGCACUCCAGAAUUUCUAGAUCAUUUACCUAGUCAAUCAGCUCUUAAGCAGGUGAUGUAUAGAGCUAGAUCAAAGGUCCCAAAAAAGAAAGAGCCCACUGAUAUUUUAUUUGAAAUAGAUGAAAGUGAAAUGCAAAUAAAUGGUCAAUGUUUUGUCAUCAAAGAUCGGAUUUACAAUAAUAAUAAGCGAAUUUUGUUACUGUCAACGAAAAACAUGAUGCAAUUAUUGCAACAAGCAGAUUUUUGGGUCCUUGAUGGUACAUUUAAGAUUGUGCCACACAUAUUUCAACAAUUAUACACCAUACAUGGUAAUUUAUCAGUAACAGGAAAUAAAACAAAAACGUUCCCUUUACUGUAUUGUUUAUGCACAAACAAAGAUAAGAAAACAUACGACAUGAUAUUUGAAUUAUUACAAGAAUACGGAGUGGAAAAUGAUUUAGAAUUUCAUCCAAAAAUAUGUAUUUUGGACUUCGAAAAGGCGGCAAUCCAAAGUUUAAAAUCUAAUUUUGAGAAUGUGAUACUACAUGGCUGCCACUUUCAUCUCGGGCAAAUAUUAUAUCGGCAAGUUCAACAAAGGGGUUUAACACAAAGAUAUGCAAGUGAUAUAAAGUUUAAAACAGAUGUAAAAUGUCUUUUGGCACUGAGUUUUUUGCCUCCGAACGAGAUUCCUAUAUAUUUUAAUAAAUUACUCGUCAGUUAUAAAGACGACGAUGAUAUUAUUUCUUUAGCCCAUUGGUUUGAAGAAAAUUAUGUUAGUGGCACUUGCAGUGCCCCCGCAAGAUAUAUUCCGGAAUUUUGGAGCUGCGAGUUGAUAAAUACAUUAAAAUUGCCACGAACUCAAAAUUCAGCGGAAGCUUGGCAUCAUCACAUUAACCAAAUAAUAGAUAAAAAAUCUCCCGGAUUUUAUCACCUUAUAAAAGAACUUAUAAAAGAACUUAUAAAAGAGACAAUAAUAAAGGAAUCAGAGAUAGAAAAGAUGUUAUGCACUACAUUAAGUCACCAACAUGAUUCUCCCGAAAAAAUUAUGACAACAACUGAAAAGAAAAGAAACAAAAAGAGUCGUCCUCGGGAUUGGAGCGUUAAUAAAAAUAAAGAUCAGAGGGAGAAAGGUCAACCAUAUUUGGGCAAGAAAAAAGUUGACGAUAAAUGGCGUUUCGUUCAGAUCAAGAAUGAGAGAAAGAUUAAAGACACAUGCAACUGUAAGCUAAGUUCAAGAGGUAAUACAAAGUUACAGUGUAAAGAAAUACCAGAAGAAGGGCGACAAAAAUGCUUCAAAGAUUUUUGGAAUAUGACGUGGAAAGAAAAGAAAGUUUUCAUCAAAAUGUUGUCUAUUUGUAAAUAA